AUGAAGGAAUUAUCUCAUGUCGUCCUCGUCACAGAAAGCACUGGCACGCACAGUCGUCCUCGUCAUCGAGAACUGGCACGCACUGCCCUCGACAUCGAGCCCACUGGCUCCUUUGGCUGCCCUCGACAUCAGCCCUCACGCACGGCUCGCCCCUCAGAGCCCACUGGCACGCACGGCUCGCCCCUCGACAUCGAGCCCACUGGCACGCACGGCUCGCCCCUCGACAUCGAGCCCACUGGCUCGCCCCUCGACAUCGAGCCCACUGGCACGCACGGCUCGCCCCUCGACAUCGAGCCCACUGGCACACACAGCUCGCCCCUCGACAUCGAGCUCACUGGCACACACAGCUCGCCCCUCGACAUCGAGCUCACUGGCACACACAGCUCGCCCCUCGACAUCGAGCUCACUGGCACACACAGCUCACCUCUCGACAUCGAGCUCACUGGCAAACACAGCUCGCCCCUCGACAUCGAGCUCACUGGCACAGACAGCUCGCCCCUCGACAUCGAGCUCACUGGCAACACAGCUCGCCCCUCGACAUCGAGCGCUCACUGGCACACAGCUCACCUCUCGACAUCGAGCUCACACAGCUCACCUCUCGACAUCGAGCUCACUGGCAAACACAGCUCGCCCCUCGACAUCGAGCUCACUGGCACAGACAGCUCGUUCUUGUUAUCCAACACGCAAACACAUAUUGCAAGAACGCAUCGAUUGGUAGCCAGUUUAUGUGUAGUUUUACCCAUCUUCAGGAUAUGUAGACGGCGUAUUAUAUGCUCCACCGUCAGGAUAUUUGUAUAA